UGGUAAUAUAAUAUCAAAAGCGUGAUUGCGUGAAUGUACCCUAGCCCGGCGUAGGGAUUGCAUUCAGCCUAUUCACCACCAGAAAUACACGAGCAGCCACAACAAUCGAGCAGACCAACAACAAAACCAGGCGGUGAGGUUGAGAGCGAAGAUUUUUUUACCGCGGCUAGCUACAAUUCCGCCAUUAUUUCACAAAAUUUUCACGUUAACUGAAGUUUCAAAACUUUCUGUUGGCCUUGAUACAACCAAUCUCCAUCAUCACCUCCUCGCAGCGUGCACAAACACAAAAUGAGUCGUUAUGACAGCCGUUCCGGCGAUCCCGCUUCAUAUCGCGACCGCAGAAGUGAUUCAGGGUUCAGCGGAGGUUCUGGUCUUGGCGGGUAUAAUUCUUCAUCUAGCAAAAGGGACCAUGAAAGUUCUGACACUCAGCGCAAGGUGGAUUUGGAAGGGUUGACUCCUUUCGAAAAGAACUUCUACGUGGAGUCUCCAGCUGUUGCUAAAAUGUCUGAAAGCGAGGUAGAAGAAUACAGGACACGAAGAGAAAUCACUGUUGAAGGUCGUGAUGUUCCUAAGCCUGUUAAAACAUUCAGCGAUGCAAGAUUUCCAGAUUAUGUUAUGCAAGAAAUCGUGAAAGCAGGCUUCACAGAGCCUACUGCAAUUCAAGCUCAAGGAUGGCCAAUGGCUUUAAAGGGUCGUGAUCUCAUUGGAAUUGCUGAAACAGGAUCUGGAAAGACUCUUGCUUAUCUAUUGCCUGCUAUUGUGCAUGUUAAUGCUCAACCAAUCUUAUCUCCAGGAGAUGGACCGAUUGUGUUAGUUUUAGCUCCAACUCGUGAACUUGCUGUUCAAAUACAACAAGAAGCAACUAAAUUUGGCGCAUCUUCAAAGAUUAAGAAUACCUGCAUUUAUGGUGGGGUUCCAAAGGGUCCUCAAGUUCGUGAUUUACAGAAAGGUGUUGAGAUUAUCAUUGCUACACCUGGAAGAUUGAUUGAUAUGUUGGAGUCUCAUCAUACAAACCUGAGGAGGGUGACUUACCUUGUGUUGGAUGAGGCAGAUAGGAUGCUUGACAUGGGUUUUGAACCUCAAAUGAAAAAAAUUGUUUCACAGAUUCGACCAGAUCGUCAAACCUUGUAUUGGAGUGCUACAUGGCCAAAGGAAGUUGAGCAACUUGCAAGACAGUUUCUUUACAACCCAUACAAAGUGGUGAUUGGUUCACAAGACUUAAAAGCUAACCAUUCGAUUCAACAACAUGUGGAUAUUGUUACCGAGAAUCAAAAGUAUAACAAAUUGGUGAAACUGCUGGAUGAUAUCAUGGAUGGGAGUAGAAUUCUAAUUUUUAUGGACACGAAAAAAGGGUGUGACCAAAUCACCCGCCAGCUCAGAAUGGAUGGGUGGCCCGCUUUAUCAAUUCAUGGAGAUAAAAGUCAAGCAGAAAGAGAUUGGGUUUUAUCCGAAUUCAAAGCUGGUAAAAGUCCAAUAAUGACAGCUACAGACGUUGCAGCUCGUGGCUUAGAUGUGAAGGACGUGAAAUAUGUGAUAAAUUAUGAUUUCCCGGGUUCUUUGGAAGAUUAUGUUCAUAGGAUUGGAAGAACAGGAAGAGCCGGGGCUAAAGGGACAGCAUACACUUUUUUUACAGCAGCAAAUGCUCGGUUUGCUAAGGAACUAAUUGCCAUACUUCAGGAGGCCGGUCAGAAAGUCAACCCUGAUUUAGCGGCAAUGGGGCGGGGUGCACCUCCUCCACCAUCAGGCCAUGGUGGUUUUCGUGACCGUGAUCGUGGGCGGGGUUAUGGCGGUGGUCGCUCGUCUUGGAACUGAGGAGCAAGAAAAAUCACACAAUGGUUAUUUGAACUCUAUUAGGAGUACAGUUGAACUUGGCGUGUGGAACUUUUUGAUUAUAUGCUUGUUUGUCUUUUUCAUUCCUGGUAUUUGUAGCUUAUUAGGCACUUAAUCCAUUUUAUGAAAAUUCUAAUUGUAAUUU